AUCGAAACUCACACACCUUGGGAAAGAGUGUUGUUGGAGUCAGACACCAUUAACUACACCAAUGAUCCAGUGUGCUGCCCCUUUACAUCUGUCCCGUUAAGAACAAAUGUCCGACGAUGAAGAGGCUUCCACAUCAUGUGAUUUUCUUGUUUGUGUUAUCUGUUAUUGAUGCAGUCCGGUUAAAGCAAUCAUCACCCCAAUUUCAACCGAAUAUCACCGAAUUCAUACCAGAGAACAAGACAAACGGCUCCCUCAUCACAUCUUUUGAUGUCACUGACGCUAACAAUGACAACAUCAGCCUCGGAAUAUAUGAUGAAUUCACUCGCUCAAGCGUCUACUUGAAUGAGACCAAUAGCCGUAACGGGUUUGUGACAGGAAAUGUCUAUCUCAUUAAUCCGGACAAUUUCGACUUCGACAGGGUGAGAUAUUUGGAGAGUUACCAGGGACAUGAGGAAGUGACAUUAUCUUUCACAGCAAAUGAUGGUAAUAACACGGUUACCGGGAUCGUACACGUCUUUGUGAGUGAUGUGAAUGACAACGCACCGGAGUUCAAGAGAUCAGCUUAUAUAUAUGAAAUACCUGAGGACUCGCCCUAUCCAGCAUCACUCGAUGCCAGUAUUUCAGCAACAGAUGCCGAUUCUGGUACGAACAAGGAUUUUGUAUUCCAUUUAAAGGCUACAGGUCAGUCUUCAGAUUUAUAUGAAGGUGCAUUCAGCAUUAGUCCAAAUAGCGGCAAUUUGACUCUUCACCGACCGCUGGAUUACGAGAUGCUGAGUUUUUACCUCUAUUGCGUAGAUGCCGUGGAUAGUGGAAGCCCUUCACUGACUGGGAGUGCUGAAAUAGUUAUUACAGUGACAGACGUUCAGGACACGCCUCCAAAGUUCCAAGACCUUCCUUACCUAUUUACCAUCACAGAAAAUUCGUUAUGGUCCGGGAGUUACAUCCUUGCCCAGGAUGGCGACAGGAGAAGUCCUCGUGAAAUUCAGUACAGCCUUAAUGAUUCAGAUUGUUCCAUAUUGUUCAUGUUAAAUAGUACAACUGGUAAGCUGUCACUUAUAAAUGUACUAGACAGAGAUACUGGAAUUGUAGCCGAACGUCAGGGCGUAUGCAGCUUUCAAAUCGAGGCUAGAGAAAUACUGAGCCCAGGGGAGUCUCCUACCAACACUACAUCCAGUACCACAGUGACAGUGACGGUGGAUGAUGUGGAUGACAAUGUCCCCACCUUUACGAAGUCUCAUUACGAGGCCUACGUAGAGGAAGACAUGUCAAGCAUUCCCCUGAUCAUCGUUGGGUCCGUCGGCAUCGACGUUUUCGAUUUAGAUCAGGGAUCGAACAGUGAAUUCAGCCUAACAGUUAACUAUGCAAAUGGAACGAAAUGUGUUUGUGUUGAAGCCACACCCUCGAGUAUUAUCUCCCGAGCUACCUUCUUACUGAGGCUCGUUAACGGUUAUAAGUUUGAUUACGAAACAGAGCAGAGCAUUGAACUGCGUGUGGUAGCCAGGGGGGAGGUUAACAGUAGCAUGUCUGCCACAUGUACAGUAACUGUGUAUAUCAACAAUACCAACGACAAUGAUCCAACGUUCAAUCAGACCGACUACACCGCCACCAUCCCAGAAAAUCCGGAAACUGGAACGUUUGUUACCGUUAUUACGGCAAGAGAUGAAGAUCUUGCAGAAUACGGUGAAUUGAGCUAUACACUUAAAGGCUCUUCUAUAUUUUUUAUUGAUCACCAAAACGGUACGGUUUACACGACCGGAAAUCCUGGUGAACUUGACAGAGAGACUCGCGACACGUAUUAUCUGACGGUGAUAGCUACUGACGGAGGAGACAAGAGGGCGGUGGUCUCAUUAACAGUUACUCUCUCCGACGUUAACGACAACAGACCUGAAUUUCUAUAUGAUACAGUGGAGAUGUCAAUUAACGAAAAUACGAAGAAAUUUACGCCAAAUAUACUGAUCAAGGCAACUGACGGCGAUGAGAGCGGUACGAAUAAUAGUGAUGUGUGGUACAAACUACACAUACCAGACACAAAUCUUCAGAGUAAUUUCACUAUCAACGACACCACUGGCGAGCUUAUCGCUGAAUAUCCUCUCGACUAUGAAAACCUCACAUCUCCGUCAGAAGAUGGACAGAUACAACUGAUCGUCAUCGCAGAGGACCGGGGGACACCAUCUCUAUACAGUAACAUAACUGUUACAAUCAACGUCCAUGAUGAAAAUGAUAAUACCCCGAAGUUUGUACAGAAUACCUAUGCUGCAAGUAUACCUGAAAACUCAUUACAAGGUAAAACCGUCGUCAAUGUGUCAGCAACAGAUGAUGAUGCCACCAGCCCCAACAACAUAAUACGAUACUAUAUUGAAAAUGGAGGAUCCGAUAAGUUCCGAAUGAAUGCAAUCAAUGGCAUCAUUACGGUUGAUCUGAAUGUAAAAUUCGAUAGAGAAACACAAGACUUGUACAAUCUGACCGUGAUAGCUGCUGACAUCGGAACUCCUCCACGUACAGGAACGACAACUCUAUUUGUCUCAAUUACGGAUGUCAACGACGAGAUUCCCGUAUUCGGUCAGAUAAACUAUCAGGCGAACGUGAAAGAAAACAUUACCGUCGGAACCAUCAUAAAAACAUGCAAUGCUUCAGAUAUUGAUGAGGACAGUAAUCUAGAAUACAUAAUAUCACAUUAUUCAGCGACGGAUAGUUCAGGUGUCCAUGUCAACAGCACUCUGGUACAGAACAUGUUUGAUGUACACGAAACCAAUGGUUCUGUGUUUGUGAGUGACCGUCUGGACAGAGAAACAGCCAGUCAAGUAGUGAUCACUAUUCUUGUGAACGACACCAUGUGUGCUGAGCAUUGUCCACAGACAUCUACAGCGCUACUGACCGUACAGGUAAAAGAUGUCAACGAUGAACCGCCGGUGUUCUCAGAGGACGAGUAUAACGUACGUCUUCAGGAGUCUGUCCCCGUUAAUACUAACGUCAUCACCCUCUCAACCACUGACAAAGACAGCACAGGUGACGGUCCGUUUUAUACAGUGGUAUCCGAUCCUUACUCAGCUUUUAAUAUCCAGGACAAUACGACAGGAACAAUAAGAACAAGUAGACAACUCGACCGGGAAACCCACCCGAUACACAACAUUACGGUCAGUGCCUCUGACGGCGUUAACAACUCGACGUCACAAGUGAUCAUUAACGUGACGGAUAUCAACGACAAUGCGCCCGAGUUCCUUCCCUUUGACGUCACCGUAAAUAUUACAGAGGCUAACUAUACGAACAAUGCCUUAUUGAUUGCUAGAGUCAAUGCAACCGAUGCUGAUGAGGGAAAAAAUGCAUUGGUGACAUACAGACUUGAACACUACUACAGGAACUUCACUAUAAAUGACACAACGGGUGAUAUUUCUGCCAUCGGUGAUGUCGACAGAGAGGCAACAAUUGGUGGCAUUAUCAAGCUCAGCAUUAUUGCUGAAAAUUACAAAGACGAUCCAGAAAAUCUUCGGAACAGAACAACAUUAACAAUUAACGUUUUAGACGUUAAUGAUAAUGACCCAUCUUUUAAUGAUUUGCCUAAAGGACGGGAAUUCGAAACGAAGGUAAAAAACGGAACAUUCCUUAUGGAGGUAUCGGCGACAGAUCCCGAUAAUGGAAUUAAUGGCACGGAUGGUAUAAAGUAUGACUUACACAAUAAUACAAACGGGACAAGAUUCUUCUACAUCAACCACACGUCAGGGGCCAUAUAUGCCAACAGUGAAAUGAUUAACCACGUCGGAACAUUCCUCCUUAAUGUAACAGCCCGUGACGGCGGACAACAACCUCGCAAUUCAAGUCAUGAGGUCUUAAUCGAAAUCAUAGACGAAAAUAACAAUCGACCUGAGUUUCAUAUUCCAUCUAAUAAUAGAGUGAUACUAUCCAGCAUACUCGAGUGCGAGCCCAAUGGUACAAAUAUUGCAAAGAUCAAUGCUACUGAUGCUGAUAUGGGUCUAAAUGGAAAGAUCACGUUUUCGUUUGCAAAAGGGCCUGGUUCAGACUCUCUACCGUUCGCCAUUGGAAGGGACACUGGCCAGAUUUCACUGAUCCGCACAGUAACAAACAAAGAACAACCGGAGUACACGUUUAGAGUUAACGCUACAGACCACGGUACACCUAAGUCACUGUCGACGGUCUCCGAGGAUCUGAAGGUUUUGAUCAAGGACGUAAACGAUAAACCCCCUCAGUUCGAGCACAGUGAAAGAAAUGUGAUGGUGAUGGAGAACACGAUCAAUGUUGUAGUUACAACUGUGGUGGCAUAUGACAACGACUCUGACUCUGUCACGACCUACAGCAUAAAACACGUUGGGGAAUACUACCAAUACUUCCGUAUAAACGAGACCACUGGAGUGGUGACUAUUGUGACGGAUUUAGAUCGCGAGAGUUCCCCUACAGUCCAAAUCUACGUGGAAGCAAGAGACGCCUCACUGAGAAACGAAACCUGCAAUAAUACUCAGGGAAAUCCUGUAGCGAUCAACGCUACACAGACUCUUAUAGUGACCCUAGGAGACAAAAACGACAGUCCACCUGUAUUUAAUGAGGAAGUGUUCAAUACGGGAGUCAGGAAAAACGUCAAACUUAAUACAACAAUAUAUGAUUUCGUAGGAAAGGUGUCGGACAAUGAUAGCGAUAUCAAUAGCGUUCAUUCAUUUGAGAUCCAGGGAGACAUACAGAUGCCUGCCAAAAUAAAGUCAGCAGCAAGAUCAUGUAAGGAAUACAGGACCAAAGCACCGGUUUGUCUGUCUAGUAAUGGGACCGUCACCACAAAUAUGCUGUUUGAGGAGGAUAUGUCGGGUACAAUUACCAUCACAGUAGUAGCGCGGGACAUGGCUGGCAACAGUACAACUGAACUCAAGAUAGAUAUUAUAGUCGAUUAUCAAAUGGCGAAAAUGGUAUUUCAUCGGACCAAGCAAAACGUGGAAGAUAUCAAAUCAGACGUCACAGAUGAACUGACGAAACUUACUGGGUACACCUUUGUGCCGGACGAGGUCAAUGUGUACACGAAAGACGACGGCAGCGUGGAUGUUACUCAGUCAAUUCUAACAUUCUAUGUGAAGGAACCAUCGACUGGCCGGAUUCUUACUGCCAGUGAAAUAACGGAAUUGGUGGACAGAUUUGGCAGUGAACUUAUAAACACACGGAUAAGAUACCAACUUAUAUCUAUUGAGGAGGCCUUUAAAACACCAGUGGAAAAGGAAGACGAAGGAUUCAAACAAACCAUGAUAUUAGUAGGGGCUACUAUUCUGGAGGCUGUGAUCAUUUGUAUCCUCACUGUCGUAGCUUGUCGUAGUCAAGGAAAAUUCAAGCGAAAAUUGAAGGCAGCCACUGUCACAACAAAAGAUGAAAAGGAUUCGUCAGAGAAAAAGAGUUCGAUAGUUCCAGGCAGUAAUGUUUACGCUUCAAUAACCAACCCUAUUCUUAAUAAAGACGUACCCCUACCUGUCAUGACAGAAAUGGACAGAAUGAGUGAUACAGACAGUCAAAACUCGCUCGAUUCUAACGAGGUUGGUACGGAAGGCCUGACUCCUGAUUACCACACGACGGAGGAGAAAGAGGCUGUGAUGGAUAUGUAUACAGAGGACUAUUACCAGCCAGACAAGGACAUAGAUCCUCUCCAGAUGGUUCUAUCCAUGCACGAUAUGGAGAAGGAACAGAAUGGCCACAAGGAGGAUUCGGAGGAGGAAUCAGACUUUCAUUUUGAUUUCGAUAAUCCCUGCCUCCAAGUGGAAACUACAGAAGUAUAAUGAUGAAUAUCAUCUUAUCAGAGUGCAUAAUCGGAAAGCGUGUGUUAUAUAACCGAAAUCACAGUGUUGUUAUUCGCCGUGUACAUAUACAGUAAGCAUAUGUGUUCAUAUUGACGCGGUAAUCUUAAUUUAGCGGAUUUUGCGCUGGAAGCUUUUCUCUGAACUAGGAUUGCGAUAAUAUUCGAUUGUGUGUAUUGUUUCUGGUGUCAAGCAUUUCGGUAUUUCUAAUUCAACAUGGCGUCAAUCUGUUUUAUUUCGGUAUUUCGCUAAAAUUUGAGCGCGUCGAAAUAAGUGCGUUUACUCUAGAAAAGCACACAUUUAAUAUAGAUACAAAUGUAAUUGAUAGAUCUCAGACUACCUUAUAAUCGAUACCAGUGAUGUUUGUUCCCUGUAUAAGCUAGUACAGUAAUCCGGAAUGUUGAUUAUACACCCCUGAUGUUUGUAAUAUGCGAUGGUACAGUAAUCCAGAAUAGUUUCCUUUAUACGACGGAACAGUAAUCCAGACCGCUGAUUCGUUCGACUCUAGUCAUAUCAUAAAUACAUCUACCCCGAUUCAAUAAAUGUUAUUUUGUGUCAGUAUGAUGAUUUUUGACUGACAAAAAAUGUCCUUAUGUUAAUUGUGUGUCCGUAUGUUGAUGUUUUUUAGGGGAAAUAUCCCGGGGUGAAUUUUGUGUAGAGAACAACAAGGCCGUUUAAACAGAUUCGCAUUUAUUAACAGCGUUUCAUUGUUUAUAAGAAAAUCAACAAGAAUAACGUAGGAACUUGGAGAGAAUAUUUCAACAAUUAUAUUAUUGACGCUUCAGUUAGAUAUAUACAUAAAUAAAAUGUUAUGUGUUGUUUCCGUUAAAAUCUGUUCUUUGAUAUCAGAGACAAAUAAACGAAAACUUCUUGUCUGUGUUUAUAAAGAGAUCCUUGUAUAUCCAAACAUUACCUUUGAGCUUCCCAACAAGUAGUGACCGCUUGAUUGGUAGAAAAGUAACUUACACCUGUAACCUAAUUGAUUUGUUUACAUUUGAGGCCCAUACUUUUAUGUCUGAUACAGCGUUCUGAUGUAUUCUCGCAUUGAUAAUGCAUUUUGUAUUCACUUCAAUUUUGUCAUACCAUCAUCAGGUUGUGGUCCUUCUGACCAGGUCUACACAUCUCCAUCAGGUUGUGGUCCUUCUGACCAGGUAUACACAUCUCCAUCAGGUUGUGGUCCUUCUGACCAGGUAUACACAUCUCCAUCAAGGUGUGGUCCUUCUGAUCCAGGUCUACACAUCUCCAUCAGGUUAUGGUCCUUCUGACCAGGUCUACACAUCUCCAUCAAGGUGUGGUCCUUCUGAUCCAGGUCUACACAUCUCCAUCAGGUUAUGGUCCUUCUGAUCCAGGUCUACACAUCUCCAUCAGGUUAUGGUCCUUCUGACCAGGUCUACACAUCGCCAUCAAGGUGUGGUCCUUCUGAUCCAGGUAUACACAUCUCCAUCAAUGUGUGGUCCUUCUGAUCCAGGUCGUCACACUAUCAUCAGGGUCUGGUCCUCCUGGGUGAGGUCUUCAUUCGGCCAGACUGUCCUCAAUGUUUGGUUUCUGUAGUCUGUCCUCAAUGUUUGGUCUCUGUACAGUCUGUCCACAAUGUUGGCCCCGUACAGUGUGUCCUCAAUGUUUGGUCUCUGUACAGUCUGUCCACAAUGUUGGCCCCGUACAGUGUGUCCUCAAUGUUUGGUCUCUUUACAGUGGUUCCUCAAUGUUUGGUCUCUUUACAGUGGUUCCUCAAUGUUUGGUCUCUUUACAGUGGUUCCUCAAUGUUUGGUCUCUUUACAGUGUGUCCUCAAUGUUUGGUCUCUUUACAGUGGUUCCUCAAUGUUUGACCCCGUACAGUGUGUCCUCAAUGUUUGGUCUCUGUAGUCUGUCCACAAUGUUGACCCCGUACAGUGUGUCCUCAAUGUUUGGUCUCUUUACAGUGGUUCCUCAAUGUUUGACCCCGUACAGUGUGUCCUCAAUGUUUGGUCUCUGUACAGUCUGUCCUCAAUGUUUGGUCUCUGUAGUCUGUCCUCAAUGUUUGGUCUCUGUAGUCUGUCCUCAAUGUUUGGUCUCUGUACAGUCUGUCCACAAUGUUGGCCCCGUACAGUGUGUCCUCAAUGUUUGACCCCGUACAGUGGUUCCUCAAUGUUUGGUCUCUUUACAGUGGUUCCUCAAUGUUUGACCCCGUACAGUGGUUCCUCAAUGUUUGGUCUCUUUACAGUGGUUCCUCAAUGUUUGACCCCGUACAGUGUGUCCUCAAUGUUUGACCCCGUACAGUGUGUCCUCAAUGUUUGACCCCGUACAGUGGUUCCUCAAUGUUUGGUCUCUUUACAGUGGUUCCUCAAUGUUUGACC